UCCAUAAAAAGGAAAAACUAAAAGUUUCACAUUUUUCUUCUUCUAAAGAUGGCAAUGACAACAAAUCUGCUGGCCACAAGCAAGGCCGUCAAGUUGCAUGGUGUCCGCUUCUUCUCCUCUUUCCUCAGCAGACCGAACCACUUCUUGGCUUGCCGUUUGCCACAGUCGAUCACACGUAGAGUCCAAACUUCUUGUUGUUAUCGUGAAACAUCGUAUAAAUCGCCUGAGCCAGAACCAAGUAGUGUCAGUGAUGGAGUUGGAAUCAUCCGUUUCUUGAAAGGAAAAACCUAUCUUAUUACCGGUGCAACGGGUUUUCUUGGUAAAGUGCUGAUUGAGAAAUUAUUGAGGGCAAGUCCUGGUAUUGGGAAGAUAUUCAUUCUGAUAAAGUCCAAAGAUCAAGAAUCAGCCAACAAGAGACUCUAUGAUGAGGUUUUGUUUCCAGUCUCAUCCUUACUAUUUUUAUUUUCUUUCUUUUUUUCCUUUCACCAAAUUAAAUUUGUAUCCAUUUGUUCCACGCAGAUCAUAAGCUCGGAUCUGUUCAGUCAUUUGAAGCAAAUGCAUGGGAGAUCUUAUGAAGAAUUUAUGAAAAGCAAGUUGAUUCCAAUAAUUGGAGAAAUUGGAGAAGAAAAUCUGGGGAUCGGAUCUGAAGUAGCAGCCAAUAUUAGUGGCGAGAUUGAUGUCGUUAUCAGCUGUGCAGGUCGCACGACAUUUGACGACAGAUACGACCUUGCUAUAAAUGUCAACGCUCUUGGACCUGGUCGGCUCUUGAGCUUUGCCAAAGACUGCAAGAAACUGAAACUCUUUCUCCAUAUCUCAACUGCUUAUGUGACUGGCAAGAAAGAGGGAACAGUACUAGAGACUCCUCUCUGCAUUGGAAAAAACAUAACUUCUGACUUGAACAUCGAACAUGAGCUGAAAUUAGCUUCAGAAGCUGUGAGAAAGUUGCAUGGCAGUGGAGAAAUCAAGAAGCUGAAAGAACUUGGUAUCCAAAGAGCUCAGCACUACGGCUGGGAAAACACUUACACGUUCACAAAAGCAAUGGGUGAGACAUUAAUCCAAACCAUGCGAGAAGAUGCGCCUGUAGUGAUCAUAAGGCCUAGUAUUAUAGAAAGUUCUUACAAGGAGCCUUUCCCUGGCUGGCUCCAAGGAAUAAGGAUGAGUGAUCCAAUAAUCUUGGCCUAUGGCAAAGGCCAGAUCUCUGGCCUCUGGGGAGAUUCUCAAUCUUUCGCGGACAUUAUACCUGUUGAUAUGGUUGUGAACGCAACAAUAGCAGCAAUGGCAAAGCAUGGUUGUGGAAACUCCGAUCUCAAAGUUUACAACGUCACUUCUUCUCAUGCGAAUCCCCUACGAGUUGGCGAGUUGAUGGACCUCUGUUAUCAACAUCUGUAUGACUUUCCAUUGACAGUGAUAGACUUAGCGCGAAUGAAAUUCCACAGUUCCUUAGAGAGCUUCACCUCCUCUGUAUUCGACAUAAUAGCAAAACAGGAAAGAGGAACUAAGAAUGAAGGUGGAGAAGCAGAAGAGUCACAUACCACAUUGAGCUUCAAGGGAAGAGGGAUACUAAACUAUUUUGUGUCCCUAGCAAGAACAUAUGAGCCUUACACAUUUUUUCAAGCUCGGUUUGAUGACACCAAUACAAGGAGUCUUAUUCAGGAGAUGUCAAUGGAAGAGAGAAAAAUAUUUGAGUUCGAUAUCAAAAGCAUUGAUUGGGAGCAUUACAUUGUGAACGUUCAUCUUCCAGGUCUCAAAAGAGAAAUCUGUGGAUAAGAAUUAAUGGACUCUAGUCAAUUCAGUGUUUUUUCAGGUAUGAUUCGACUAUCGAAUAUUGUUGUUUCGGCUGUGAUUGAACUAUGAAAUGUUGUUUUUUGGUUUUAUUGAACUAUGGAGUGUUCUUUCGGAUUUGAUGUGUGCCUAGUAGUUUUCAUUUCAGAUUAAGGAUUAUGUUUCACAUGAUCUGUUUUAUAAAUUUUGUAUUUUAUUUUAGUAUAAUCCGAUCCAAACCAAAAUUUUUGAAACCGAUAGAUAUUUGAUUACUUUAUAAAUUUUACAAUGCAACACAAUUUUGAACCAAACGCGAAGUGAUAUUAUCCAAAAUCGACCCGUUCUAAAAAAAUUUAAAUUGAAACCUUUGACUGUAAACCCGAAACCUGACCCGAACGCACAUGCUUAGAAGAGAAAUCAACACAUGGAAAAUGAAAAUCAAUCAACCAACAAAUAAAUAAAAAGAAAAUAAUUUUCAAGUACAAUCGUAUACAUUACAAUUCGUGGUCCAAAUCAUUUUAAUAACAAAAAUAUGUGAAUAUAAAUACAACUAAAAUGAAAAAGAAAAAAACUAAUACACCUCAAACGCACAAAACCUACAAUGUUUCUUAUUUCUCUGGAUUUUUUUUUUCUCCACGAUUAUAUGAAACACAGUUAAAA